AUGUCUACAACAUCAAUAGAAAGACAGGCAAAGCUAGAAGGUGCUAAAAAUUUUUUUUAUGUAAGAAGAAUUAAAGUUGAUGAAAUAUCGCAAUCUUCUGGGGUUUUUUAUAUUGUUUUUGCAGUAGAACAUAGUAUUGUUGAUGUUGAUAGUGAGAACAGAGAACGAUUUUCAAGAAUUUCGCUAGUUAUUAUUGACAUUUUAACAAAUAUUCUUAGAGAUAUACUACGAUCAAAGAUUCCUCCCACCGAACUGUACCAAAAGUGCAUGCCAUAUUUAAACUAUUUCAAUUUGGAUCAACAAACAAGAUUACAUGAGUUACAAUUACCAAAUACGUAUGAAUCGUUCGAUAUUUCAUUGAUUUACAAAUUGUUAAGACAGUUCUUGCUAAUACCGCCUCCAACAAAAGGAUGGGGCAAUGUUCCAGACACAACAGAUACAAAUUUAGCAGCUGACGUAGAACGCAUACGUUGUUACAGAAACCAAAUGGUUUACAGAUGUAGUACAAACAUAGAACAGGAUGCAUUUGAGUUUUACUUCGACCAGUUUCGUGAUAUUGGUCAUAGAAUGGAUCUCAUAUUUUUCAAUAAAAGAAAUUAUGAAGGUACGAUUGAUCGAUACAAGACUUGCCGAAUGGAUGAUCAAAUGCAAAUCAAGUAUGAGAACGCCUUGAAGAAGCUUGAGAACGUGACAUUAAGAUUUGAAAAAAGGCCAAUUAAGUUUUACUGGGGAGAAAAUUUCGAUAGAUGUUUGAAAGAUCUAAGAUCGUUGUUAAAGGAUGAAAAAUUAGAAGGGAGGCGGAAUGUUCGUUUACAGAUUGUUUUACAUACAGAGGCUGAUGUCGAGAGAACUGCUGAUAUAAUGAAUACACUUAGAGACGAGAUAAAUGAAAGUCUAAGUGGUAAAGAAUUCAUAGUGGCCACUAAAAGGAGUUUAAUUAUAGAUAUAAAGAUAAUACUUGAUAUGUUUGAAACAGAUGAAAUGUUACAAUCUACUCUGGCUUCAUUUCUUGAAAAGAUUAUGGCACACAUAAUGACCUCCAAUACUGAAAACAUUAAUAUGGUUUUAUUUCCUGUUGAAGAGUACACAACCUUGAAUGAAACAAAUGCUAAUGAGGAACCGAUUUAACUUGACUUUGAUAAUGAG